ACAGUCAGAGAAGCAGCCAGACAGAAUGACAGUGGAUCCGUUGGUUGGUGCUGUUGACCAGGGGACUAGCUCCACAAGGUUUCUGGUGUUUAAUGCUAAAACUGGUGAGCUGAUAAGUCAGCAUCAUGUGGAAAUCACGCAGAGUUUCCCCAAGGAAGGAUGGGUGGAAGAAGAUCCCAAUGAGAUUCUACAGUCUGUGUAUGAGUGCAUAGAAAGGACCAGCGAGAAACUCACUCAGCUCAACACAGAUAUAUCUAACAUUAAAGCAAUUGGAGUAACGAAUCAGAGAGAGACAACCCUGGUUUGGGAUAAAGAGACUGGGAAACCACUGUACAAUGCUAUUGUAUGGCUUGACCUGAGGACUCAAUCCACCGUAGAGUGUCUUAUCAAGAAAACACCUGGCAAGAAUAAAAACCAUCUAAAGCACAAGACUGGCUUGCCUAUCAGUACAUACUUCAGUGCAGUGAAGUUACGCUGGCUGAUGGACAAUGUGGCGGAAGUGAAGGAGGCGGUGCAAUCUCACCGUGCCCUGUUUGGAACUGUGGACUCUUGGCUGAUUUGGAGUUUGACUGGAGGAAAGAACGGUGGAGUUCACUGCACAGACGUCACCAAUGCAAGCCGCACAAUGCUGUUCAAUAUACACACCAUGGAAUGGGACCUAGAACUGUGCAAAUAUUUUGAUGUUCCUGUUGAAAUCCUCCCUGAAGUUAGAAGCUCUUCAGAGAUAUACGGCUACAUGAGUUCAAGUUCACUAGCAGGCGUGCCCAUCUCUGGGUGUUUGGGUGAUCAGUCAGCUGCUCUCGUGGGACAGAUGUGCUUCAAAGAUGGUCAAGCCAAAAACACUUACGGGACCGGUUGCUUCAUGCUCAAAAAUACUGGAGUCAAGCCUGUGAUGUCAGACCACGGCCUUCUCACAACCGUCGCCUACAAGCUGGGGAAAGAUCAGCCAACUUACUAUGCACUUGAGGGGUCUGUUGCCAUAGCUGGAGCAGUGGUGAGGUGGCUAAAGGACAAUCUAGGAAUCCUCAAAUGCACUUCUGAAAUAGAAAAGCUGGCUGCUGAAGCUGGAACAUCAUAUGGCUGUUACUUUGUUCCAGCAUUUUCUGGGCUAUAUGCACCCUACUGGGAACCUAGUGCUCGAGGAAUUAUUUGUGGCCUGACGCAGUUUACAAACAGGAGUCACUUGGCUUUUGCUGCACUGGAGGCGGUGUGCUUUCAAACCCGUGAGAUACUGGAUGCGAUAAAUCAAGACAGUGGCGUUCCACUCACCCAGCUGCAGGUAGACGGAGGGAUGACGUCUAAUAAAUUACUAAUGCAACUGCAGGCCGACAUCCUCUGCAUUCCUGUGGUAAGACCCACUAUGUCUGAGACCACCGCUUUGGGGGCAGCUAUGGCUGCUGGGUCAGCUGAAGGGGUCAAUGUGUGGAGCCUUAAUCCUGACAGCAUGACCUCAGUAACCUGUGAGAAAUACCAACCUCAAAUCCAACUAGAGGAAAGUGAAUGCCGUUAUGCAAGAUGGAAGAAAGCUGUCCAGAAAGCUAUGAACUGGGAAACAAUGGAGCCAGUUUUUAAUGACAGUGGUAAUCAGAACUAGAUCCAUGUGCUGCUGCUGCUAAUGGAAGAGGAACGUUCACUGGACCUAAUGAAUUUUCUCAGAAAAUAGUCCAGCCAUGUAAAGCCAGUCGACUUUAAGCUCACAUAGCUAGGAAAGUACAUCUUCCCAAUAGUCACUCACUGGGUGCUUUAUUGAUGAAACUGGAUGUCUAACUUUGCAUUUCUAAUAGACUUUAUCAACGGUUUCUUAACAUUAUUUUAAAAAAGGAUAUGAUCACAUUAAAUUGAUUUUAUGUGCAAAAUGAAAACAGUAAUUUUACCUGGUCGGGGUUGUGGCAGGAAACACUGGGCGCAGGGCAGCAGUCAGUUGCAGAGCUUUGGCCAAAACCCCUGCACUCAGACAUAGCCAGUCACUUCUGAUAUCGAUCCCUGACCGGUCGAUGGUGAGCUAGUGUAAUAGACAGCUGGAUCUCUUAUGCACCUACUAAAAACAUUAUAUAUGAUGUUAAGUUGAUAAAUAUAUUAUUUAAAUAUAGUUUCAGGCUUUAUUAAGUAACAUAAAACAGUAAUAUCAUGACCAAAACUAGAUUAAACAGUCACUAGCAUUCCAUUAUAGCUAAAUAUGCUAAUCAAAUCAAUCUCAAAACAAUUCUUUAUUACAACAUUAUUAUUGUAGUUAUUAUGAGUUCAACAGAGUCCUAAUUCAUACUGAGUUAUCAGCAGAACGUCUAAAUCAUUUUUGUUGAGAAGCAACAUAUCUACAUGUGUAGAGAUGAGGAUAAUUAAAUUACCCCUGCAGUAUGUUUUCCUGAGACAGUAUGCUGACUGCAAGUGUGCACAUUUUAGCAUGACACCACUAGCCGCUCUAAACUGACACUUGGUGUAAAUUUAAGGAUUGGAUUGGUGCCCUGUCCGUAGUGUAUUGCUGUCCAGAGCCCAUUGUUUGUUGGUGGUUCCAGACAUCUAACUCUGACCAGAAUAGUGUAAACAUUCAUCUCGAAUAAAGAGUAAAUUAUUUUGAAUUUAUUGUGCUGAAUUAUUAGUGUUAAACAAAUUUAAAUAAAACUAAUUAUACACAGAAAA